AUGGCAGAAGUUGUUGAGACUGCUGUUGAACAAGCAGUUGGUGAUGUUGCUGAACAAUUUUUAGCGAGCGAUGCUUUUGCAAACGUCGUUCAAGAGACUUCUUGGGUUAGAUUCCACGUUCCAAGUAUCCAGUACCCAUUUGGAUUAGAAUUAUGGCCAAUUUUCUCCAAAGGUUUUGAAAAGGUCGUCGGUUAUCCAGCCGAAAACUUCAGAUACAUCGAAGGUAAGACCUUUAUGGCUAACGGUUGGAAGGCAAUGGGAGUGAUUGCCCUUUAUAUCACCGUUAUCAGUAGUGGACAAUGGAUUUUGAGAAAGACAAACGCACGUCCAUUGAAAUUGCACCUUUUGACCUCAAUCCACAAUGUGCUUUUAACAGUGAUGUCAUUGGUCUUGUUAUUGUUACUAGCUGAACAAUUAACCCCAAUGAUCUACGAACACGGUUUGUUCUAUGCUAUUUGUAAUGAGGAAGCAUUUGCACCAAAAUUGGUCACAUUGUACUAUCUAAACUAUUUGACCAAGUUCAUUGAAUUGUUGGAUACCGUUUUCCUAAUUUUGAAGCGUAAGAACUUGUUAUUUUUACACGUCUACCAUCACAGUGCGACUGCCUUGUUGUGUUUCACUCAAUUGGCUGGUCAAACAAGUAUUGAAUGGGUACCAAUCACAUUAAAUCUAGCAGUCCAUGUGUUGAUGUAUUGGUAUUACUUCUUGUCAUCCCAAGGUAUCCGUGUCACCUGGAAACAAUGGGUUACCAAGUUCCAAAUUAUUCAAUUUGUUAUUGAUGUUGGUUUUGUCUAUUUUGCAACCUACACCUUUUAUGCCGAGAAAUUCUUCAAGAAUACUCUACCACACUGGGGUACCUGUCAUGGUACCCAAGCUGCGGCUGCAUACGGUUAUUUGAUUUUGACUUCAUACUUGGUUCUGUUCAUUUCUUUCUACAUCCAAUCUUACAAGGUUAAGAAGGACAAGGCAGAAAAGAAGAAGGCCAACGCCUCAAGAAAGGAGAACUGA